AUGUGGAAUAUGCAAUUUACAGAAAUUUGUAAUAAACAGGUUGUAGAACAGGACAGUCAGUAUAACAUAGAAAUACAAUCCACCGCUGCAGCAAAGGCCGGAGUCCUUAAGAAAACCACUGGACUGGUGGGUCUUGCUGUGGCCCAGAAUCCUCUUGAGCAAUUGAAAAUUUUGUACACAAGAGUCCUCACAGUACUUGAGUCAAUCCCUCCAGAAGCAGCUUAUAGGAAAUACACUGAGCAGAUCAUCAAUGAAAGAUUUAACAUGAUCAAAACAGAGAAUAAUAUUCAAAAAAUAGAAGACAAAAUCAACUGUGGCCAGAUAGAAGAAAUUAUUUCACAGGCUGAGAGUGAACUUUCUCUUGCAAAGAAAAUGGCCAAGUGGAAACCUUGGGAGCCAUUAAUAGAAGAAGCCCCUCACAACCAAUGGAAAUGGCCAAUUUAAACUCUAUAUAUUUUUUUUGGCUCUGUAAACUAUACUACUUGUUAAUUUUGUGC